AGACAUUACGGCAGCCAGUGAGGGAAAUUCCAACAGUAGUGAGGCUCUAGUGGAGCAGCAGCAGCCGACUCCGGAGUUUUUACAAAGAAAAAUAUACUUUCUGGUGGACCAAUUGCGUACCUACCACUCGGAACUCCCAGAACACGCAUUUCCUACGAUUUACUCACCGAACUCGCCAAUUGCGUCCUGAAUGAGGGGAUUUUUGUCAUAGUAAAGGCACUGAUGGAACUGCAACAUGAAACCGAAAGACAUUUGAUUAAAAUGCGAAUGCAGGCGGAAAACGAGUACGAAAUUGAGGUUGCCGAAUGGAGGAGCAAAAUCAAGGAUCCCGAGGAGCUGCACCACAUUUUGGGCCUAAUGAAAAUCAAGCACACCAAGAAACUACUCGAAUCGGACAAGAAGAUUAUUGAAAUACUAGAUCAGAAGGUUACCGACCAACAAUCCACACUCCAAAAGGCCGGCGUGCCCGGUUUUUAUGUCACCGAGAACCCCAAAGAGAUAAAAAUACAAAUGUUCCUGCUGGACUUCAUUUUGCGUCUGAGUCGGCUAAAAUACGAGCCCAACAAAUAACAACUAAUUAUCAAUCCGGAGCCAAAAAAAGACUGCACUUGACUUGUUUAAAUUAGAAUAUUUAAGGCAAUUAAAUUAUUAACCCUGAUCAAACGUCCCAGCUGUACGAUCCAUUGUGGGUCCAAGAAACCUGUAGCGCUGCGCAGUUUUAAUCAGCGAAGAAUCGUGAGAGGGAGAAAGAGACGGGGCCGCCAGAAGACAGAAGAGCGGGAGAAUUGAUAAAGAUAACGUGGCUCUCUCUUUUCGCGUAGAAAGCGGGAGCGGCGGCGGUAUAAAUUGGACCGACCUUUCUGCAGAUGCAUCAGUUCAGCUUUAUAUUUUAAAAGCAACACAUUAAAUAAAAAA